UGCGGGAGGGGGAGCCUGCCGUGUCCGCGAUGGGACCGUCGCUGAGAAAUGACAGUCUGUCUUGAAAUUGGGACUAAAUUACACUCAAACGACAGGGAUUGGGAGAGAGCCUGUUGGAGUUAUCGGACAUUCCAUAAUAAGUAAUCAAAUUGGUAUUUAUUAGUAAAAGAAGACAUGGAACCAAACGGAGAGAGGAAAGUUGACCUGGUUGCCUUUGAAUGUUGCGGUGUUCAUUCUAACCCACGAUGAAAUAAAUGUAAGUUGAAAUGAUACCAUAAAGGACCUUCAAAUUAAUCUCAAGCAUAAGAAAGAAAGGAACAACUGUGAAGAUAACGGAAUUACUCCUCCAACCACGCGCGUACUCAUCUAGUGCAGUCAAGAAACUGUCUUUAGGGACAAAAAUUACAAGUGAAAUUUAGAAAAUAUUGGUUCUAAAACACCUUUUGAAAUCCAAUAUCAAAUCGUUUUAUUUUAGUUUGGCUAAACAUUUCACUAAAGCAAUUCCUUUUUGCAUACCAUAUCAGACAAUUUGCGUCGACUUAAGGUAGGGACAGCAGGCUGUUUAUGAUAGGCUAUAUUUUUUCCCCUUCUACAGACUAAUCCCCGUGCAGUUUUAGGCUAUUGUAUGAUUGAACGCGGGCGAUGUUUCUGUUGCAGUGAGAACCAUCAAAACUUACUGUAGAUGGGUUAUAUAUUAAUAAUUACAUUUUGAUAUGAUUAAAUUAAUAUGCACGCACAUCGAAUUUACGUGAUAAUUAUUAUGUGUCAUUGUAUUAUUACUAUGGCAUUAAAUGUCAACAGUUUUUUGUUACAUAAUUAAUACGUUGCUCAACGCAAGCAAUUACUGACUGCUGCCGUACUAUCUACACAACAACUGAAACCCCUCACUAGUGACCGAGCUGGUGGUAAAUGAAAAAUGGAAUGAAUAACCGAGAGAAAAGUAAAUUUUAAGCACACUCGAGAAAAUGAAAAUGGACAUGAAUAGGCUCACAAAUGGGAAGCUUUAAGUGCUAAUAUGACGUCGAAAUGUUACGUUAGCAGUUUUUGUAAAUUAUGCUUAGGUCAUAAUUAGCAAACCUGCCGUAUUAAAUGUGAGCGGUAGCUGGUCUACUGUACAUCUCGGAUGGCCGCUUCUCGUGUGAUUGUUAUACACCAUACAUCGGAAAAGGCACUUCUAUUGAUGGAGGAAGCUUCAAGAAAAGGAAAAGAAAGUUGCAUCAGCACUCUUUUGAAGUGAGCGGAUAUGGCCAACGGAAGGCAGAAAUCAAUCUUCUGUGAAUUUGAUCAGAAAUCUUUCAUUAUUGAGUAAAAACAGUACAUUUUCCCUCAUAGUGUUGGAAUACAGACCUGGCUGCAAAAUGCAUGGCUUUUGUGAACAUAACGAGAUAGCCUAGUCAUUCUCAACGGAGAACACUGGCCAUUUUUUUGGUCUUUUUUAAUAGUAUUUUUUAACUAUUGAAAAUGUGGAUGCAAUUGUGAAUUUGUUGGUGUUUCCAUGCGUCUUUCUCCUCCAGACCUCGGGACGGUAUUGUGGAUUGUAUUGCUAUUUAAUGCAAUGGGCUGUAUCCAGAGUAUCAGGUGUAAGCCUAAGAGUUUCCGUGAAAGUAUCAUCGUACUCGAGGUGAACUCCUCCAUCGACGCUAAUCCAACCAGCAUCGACGAGUCAUCCAGCGUUGUUUUACGCUAUCGGACACCGCACUUCCGAGCCUCGGCAGGGGUACUAGUGCCGCCGGUGGCCAGUAAAGAGACAUGGACAGUUGGCUGGAUUCAAGCAUGCAACCACAUGGAGUUCUACAACAAGUAUGGAACUAAAGGGAUGUCGAGCUGGGAACUCCCUGACCUGCGGGACAACAAGAUCAAGGCCAUCAGUGACUCGGAUGGUGUCAAUUACCCCUGGUAUGGCAACACCACUGAGACAUUCACCAUUGUGGGCCCCACCAAGAAAGACACCAAGUUCACGGUCAGCAUGAAUGACAACUUCUAUCCCAGUGUUACGUGGGGCGUGCCGGUGAGUGACAGCAACCUCCCGCAGCUCAGCAGCAUCCACCGUGACCAGAGCUUCACCACCUGGCUGGUGGCCAUCAACCAGGUCACAGCCGAGACCCUGGUGCUCCAGACCAUUCGCUGGAGGAUGCGGCUCCACAUCGAGGUGGACCCUGACAAGCCCCUGGGCCAAAGGGCCACGCUGCGCGAGCCUGUGGCCCAGGAGCAGCCCGAUGUCUUGGGCAAGAAUGAGCCCAUCCCCCCCAACGCCAUGGUCAAGCCCAAUGCCAACGACGCUCAGGUCCUCAUGUGGCGGCCAAAGACCGGGGAACCCAUUGUGGUCAUCCCACCCAAAUACUGACUGACCUCGGGGUGUUAAACGCUCCUCCUCUUCGCCACUCCUCUGCUUACAUCUCACUUUUCCUUCCCUCUCCCUCGACUUCCAUUCACCUUUCUGCUCCUUUUAACCUUCCCUCAAGCUACUUGCCGCUGUUUUUCUUCUGUUCUCUUUUUUUUGAUGGAAUUGUACAAAGGAGGGAGAGAGAAAGUGAAACAAGGACAAGAGCAGCUUGUAGAAAUAGGGCAGUUGUUGCCUCAAAGUGGGAACUGGGGUGGACUUUAAAAACUAUAGUGAACAAACUGCAACCAUUCUACCUUCAAACUGGGUCGGGUUUCACUGUGCUAGACAAAGUCAAUGCAAAAAAAGAAACGAAAAAAAAAAAAUCAGAUACUUUGCAUUUUUGGAUUUAUUUUCGGGAUUGGGGUUUGUGGUUGGGGGGGGUGGGUAGUGUGUGUUGGUUGAUAAACAAAAGUAUUUAUGUUCAUGAUUAUGUUCAUGUUUAUGUUCAUGUUCAUGUUUAUGUACAUGCGACAAACGUAAAUGUGCAACAUGUUACAUACAUGUCUACAUGCACACAGUUUGCGUAUACCAGUUGUAUUCAUAUUUAUGGGCUGAGAAAGAGUGAAUUUCUUCUGAAUAAGCGCUAUUUUGUGCUCCACGCAUGAGUGAUACGUAAAAACGACCUGCAUCGGGAUGUAGAAACAUUUAGUACUUUUUUAAACAUGCAAGACAUUCAAUCCAUGCUGCCUUAAGUUUACAUCGCUUUUCACUGCAAACUUUUAGCCUUAAACCAAGUGUAAUGCCCUUUACCUCUGGUGUCUCUUCUUUCAUUCAGACUGUUUGAGCUGGUGUGUGUGGGUUUAGGAACGGAACAGUGGCGUAGUCGGCAACAGGGAACAAAACUGGUUCCUGAAACCGCUGGAAACCCUUUUGAUACCACAUUAAAAAAAGAAAGCCAUUCAAGCAAACCUUUUCAUUGCACAUGUAAUGCAUGGCUCUGUAAAAGGUGUUCUGACGACAUUCAAUCCCUUUGAGACUCUCAUUCAACUGACAUUCAGUGUUGGCUAAGGUGGUCAACAACCAGAGAGCAAACAAUCUUUCAUCAUAUUCUAUUUGUCUUUCACCACCCCCACCAUCCCUGGGCCUGCUGGUGAACUAUAUCAUAUGCUGACCCUUACCUCCUCCAUCCAAUCACCUUUCUUCUCUCAAAAGAAGGGACGACUGCACCAGCACCUAAUCAAUACUGGUAUUAAUAAGCAAUCAUAGCAAGCAGCAGUCAGGGGAAAUUACUGUGCGUUUCAUAACCGGGGCAAUAGGGAAAUACAGUCCUCCAUGCGAUGCUAUGGGAGAUAAAUCAUUUUGGCUUCAGGGUCAGUGAGUGUGGAUACGGGCUGGGGCUGUGCAGAGGUUAACUGAAUGCUCCGCGGUUCUCCUCUAUAGUCUGUCCUUCCUCUCCUCACCGUCGCUGCUUCUGUUACUCAUCCACGUGCAUCUCAUACUGUCCACGCCCUCUUCUCCCUCUGCUGUGCCCUGUCCGUUUCCUUGAACUUCCGUGCUCCCUCCAUCCAUUCUUCCCUACCCCCUCUCUACACCCUGUCCUGGUGUGGAGGAUGGGCAGGCAGAAAUGGGCAUGUGAGGCUCAGCCUGGCAUAUAGAUGACCCACUUCUGGGGGUUUCCACUGCCAGUUGUAGCUUGAUGCACAAAUGUGGUGCUUUUCUCUCUCUCUUCUAACAGGGACACCAACCAGCUAGCCAAAUACCUUCAUAAAUGAGACUCACUUGUUAAUCUGAGGGCAGGGCAGCUUUAGUCAGAGCGGAGAUCUCUCAUCAGGGAGAGAGAGGAGAGGGGUGAGGGACUGCUGGGGUGUAGAAUUUGGCCUGAGACUUUUUAUCUCACAUGGCAUCAUCAAUGACAAUAACAACAUUAGCUGUAUGUACUUAAAAGAGACAGACCGACUGUUGUGAUUUUUAAGACUAGGGUCAAUUUGAAGUGGUUGAGAAAACAGCAAGACAUACGUAUUAUUCGUCUUGAUAUUGUGACUUGUUUUUGUGGUUUGGUCUUUUUCAAAUUGAACUCAAAUCUGCUUACAAGAUGAUAAAUCAACCAGAUAUCAACUACAAUUUGUCUAUGAUCUGACAUCUGUCAGAUUAGAAAAAACAGAGUCGGUAGCAGGCAGCUUAACAGAAUGAAAAAAGAAACAAAGCUCAGAAACCAGACAGCCUUUCCAAACCAGACAUUAAAUAUGAUAACUAUUAUACAUGUUUACUGCAGGAUGCAGCUCCCCCUUGUUAUAAUUACAUUUCGGACCUACGUAAUAGCCUUAUCGGGAUGGUCCUUGUCGCCCUUUGUUGGCUGUAUGUGAUAGCUGCGGUUCUGGAAUCAAUCAUCUGUGCACAAGAGGCAAGUGCAGUCAUUAUUAGAUCUGCUGUGAAAUACUAAGGCCCUUCAGACACACUGCUGGCCUGUGCCAAGGCAGGCUGGAGUGAAGUAUGGUGAACUCCUGGGCAAGAGGACAAAGGUCAGUGUUAGAGGGAGGUCGGAUGGAGGUGAAAGGUGGUCACAGUGGGAAUCAGGCUAGGGCUGAUGAAAUGACAUAGAGUGCUGGGUUUUGGUGGUGUCAAUCUAGCCUGCUGAGUGGGUUGUUGGAACUCCAGACGGCACUGCUUGACACCAUGUGUUAAAAACCUUGGCACCAUCAGUAGCUGGCUAGCUGUCUUAUUUCAUGACCAAAAUACUCUAAUUGAUCUGUUGCUGCUGUUGAAGUAAGUCUCUGUCUGCACACACAAACACAUACCCACUUGAGAGGUCACAAGGGAAGAGGCAACACAUAGCCACUAGAUUUCCUGAAACACAUACCCACUAGAGAGGUCACAAGGGGAGAGGAUUUCUUCAGUGUCUGACAGUGCUGUUAUGUUCUUCUGAUCUCAUAAUGUACAAGUGCUUGCUCAAAACAUGUCUCUAAUAGAUAUCUGGUUUCAGAAACUGACAUUUAAAUGAAAACUGAGUACAUUUAUUAUUUACAAUGAAACUGGUUUUGGCAGUAGCAUGAGUAUGGCAUCGGACAUGUAAAUGCCUUACUCUGCUUCUCUGAGUUGGCGUAAGGUCUAAGAUGAAGUAAUUAUACAGCAUAUUUAAACACUUUUUUAAAGCAAUUAUUUUAAUAAGCCCAUGUAAACAUUUUAUGAGUUCCAUGAGUGUCUUGCUUAUGCACAUGUGCCAUCACCAGCAGCACUAGCCUACGCCUUAUACGUGAGCGAAGUGUGAAUGCAUCUUAGGAUUACUUUUUACACACAAACUUAACAUGUCCAAAUUCAUUUAUCAAAUCUGAUCAGAUCAGCCCAAUUAUGGGUUGCUGUAGACAAGAUUAUAAGAGAAAUUGUUGUUCUUGCAAAGCAUGUAAACAUUUAAAUCCAACUAUUACAUUCAUUGGAUUCUCACAACAAACAUAUUAUUGGUUGCAUGUAACAUACUCAUUCCUGUGAGGUUAUUAAGCCAUUAUUGAACAAGUGCAAUUCAUGGACUUGAUGUCUCUGUCUGGGGGUGUGCCACUGAUUAAAGACUUCCUUUCCUAAAUCCACAGUUCCUAGUUCUGAAGGCUUCCAGCUUUUCCAUGGAUCUUCAUGUAAAAGAGUCCAAACAGCCCAGCAACACACUAUAGACCAGCAGAGAAGGUUUCCAUUGUAGUUUAACCAAUAACAUGCCCAAGCUCACUCUCAGGACCACUCAUCAUUGUUUUUUUUAACCUGAUAGGAUAUUCCAAUCUCCCUGCACCACUGACUAGGUUUUUCGUAGAGACCAAUGACUAACCAUAGCAAAUGAUACUCCAUUGGCUCCGAUGUCCCAUUUCCCAUGUCUUUGUUGGUUUCUCUUCUGAAAAGUGAUUUAAUAUAUUUUGCAGCACUGAAACAAAUAUAAAGUCUUUUUUUUUUUAGCUUUGUCAUCCACACUGAUACUUGAAAAUGGAACAGUACUGGCAAAUAUUUAAAGCUGUGAAAAUGCACAAUGUAAAAAAAAAUAUAUACAAAUAAUGAAAAAGUGGUAUUUUUCAUGAAUAAAUAAACAUUUGCAAAUGUUAUCUGUUCUCUGUCACCUUUCUCCUAAAUGUGACGGCAACAUAUACCAACUGUCACAUAGGGUGAUUCUAUCUACAGAUGUGAUUUGCCAAAGAAAUGCAACACCUAAGCUUUUAUCAACUGAGACACUAAAAAUUAAUUUGAACACUGAAACUUCCCCCCUACUUAACAGUGUGUGGUUAUGCUGUAUUUGAAGGUUUUCACUAUAAUACACACAAACAUCACUAUGAACAUCAUGUAAACGUCAAUCAUAUACAAACUAAGGAAAACAUUCAUUUCAGAUCAUGUCAAUAGGCAGUUUACCAGCAGUUAAUCAUGAAAUAAAGUAAUCCAGAAAAAUUA